AUGAGCAGCAGCCAGGACAAGUGGGUCACCCUGACCCCGGCUGAGUUCGCCCUGCUCCAGGAGUACACCCAGUACUCAACCAAGAAGCUGAAGGAUGUGCUGCAAGAGUUCCAUGGAGACGGCGUGUUGGCUAAAUACAACCCAGAGGAGAGGCAGGACGUCCUCCGCCAGGAGAUCGACUUUGAGGGCUUCAAGGUCUUCAUGCAGACGUUCCUGGAGAGCGAACUCCCCGGAGAGUUCUGUCAACACCUCUUCAUGACGUUCAGCAACAAGAGACCCGAACCCAGUCCCUCAUCUUCUGACAAGCCCAGAGUGUCUGGGCUGAAGCUGAUGAAAGGCAGCUCGACCCCCGUGAGGACGGCCGCUCCGCCCCUGCCUCUGGAUACGGUGCAGCUGAAGGACAUCGUGUGUUACCUCUCGCUGCUGGAGGGCGGGCGACCCGAGGACAAGCUGGAGUUCAUGUUUCGCCUCUACGACACCGAUGGAAACGGCUCUCUGGACAGCUCGGAGCUGGAGCACAUCAUCUCCCAGAUGAUGCACGUCGCCGAGUACCUGGAGUGGGACGUGACGGAGCUGAAACCAAUCCUCCAGGACAUGAUGCAGGAGAUCGACUACGACCACGACGGCACCGUGUCUCUGGAGGAGUGGAUCCAGGGAGGCAUGACCACCAUCCCGCUGCUGGUGCUGCUGGGCCUGGAGACGAACGUCAAAGACGACGGGCAACACGUGUGGAGGCUGAAGCACUUCAACAAGCCGGCCUACUGUAACCUGUGCCUCAACAUGCUGAUCGGCCUCGGGAAGCAGGGCCUGUGCUGCUCAUUCUGCAAGUACACCGUCCACGAGCGCUGCGUGGCUCGCGCGCCGCCGUCCUGCAUCAAAACAUACGUCAAGUCCAAGAAGAACACAGAGGUAAUGCAUCAUUUCUGGGUGGAAGGGAACUGCCCCACCAAGUGUGACAAGUGUCACAAAACCAUCAAGUGUUACCAGGGCCUGACUGGGCUCCACUGCGUGUGGUGUCAAAUCACGCUCCACAACAAGUGCGCCUCCCACGUGAAACCCGAGUGUGACUGCGGACCCCUGAAGGAUCACAUCCUGCCCCCCAGCUCCAUCUGCCCCGUCGUCCUGGAGAGACAGUCGACCCUGAGGAAGGACUCCCGGGCCAGUCAGUCGAGCAGAGGAAAGAUGCAGAGAGCCAACUCCGUCACCGUGGACGGCCAAGGCCUCCAGAUCACAACAAUAGAGGGCACUCAUCCUCUGCUCGUGUUCGUCAAUCCGAAGAGCGGGGGCAAGCAGGGCGAGCGGAUUUACAGAAAAUUCCAGUAUCUAUUGAACCCGAGGCAAGUGUACAACCUGGCCAAGAACGGACCCAUGCCAGGGCUGAACUUCUUCAGGGACGUUCCUGACUUCAGGGUGCUGGCCUGCGGAGGGGACGGCACCGUGGGCUGGAUCCUGGACUUCAUAGAUAAGGCCAACCUGGACAGGAACCCCCCCGUGUGCAUACUUCCUCUGGGCACGGGCAACGACCUGGCGAGAUGUCUGCGGUGGGGAGGAGGCUACGAGGGCGAGAGCCUCCUGAAGAUCGUGCGCGACAUCGAGAACAGUUCGGAGGUGAAGCUGGAUCGCUGGAAGAUCGACGUCACGCCCGCCGACAAGGAGGAGCGAGGAGACCCGGUGCCCUACGGCAUCGUCAACAACUACUUCUCCAUCGGAGUGGAUGCCUCCAUCGCACAUCGUUUCCAUGUCAUGAGGGAGAAGCAUCCGGAGAAGUUCAACAGCAGAACAAAGAAUAAGCUGUGGUACUUUGAGUUCGGCACGUCGGAAACCUUUUCGGCCACAUGUAAGAAGCUCCACGACUUUCUGGAGGUUGAGUGCGACGGCGUUACGUUGGACCUCACCAGCAUCUCCUUGGAAGGCAUUGCCAUUCUCAACAUCCCCAGCAUGCACGGCGGCUCCAACCUUUGGGGCGAGAGCAAGAAGAGGAGGGGUAACCGCAAGGGGGGCAAAAAGAGCCAAGACAAGAGGACGCCGGUGCUCGACCCCAAGGAGCUCACGUUUGCGGUUCAAGACCUGUCCGACCAGCUGCUGGAGGUGGUGGGGCUGGAAGGAGCCAUGGAGAUGGGUCAGAUCUACACCGGCCUGAAGAGCGCCGGGCGGCGCCUGGCACAGUGCUCCUCCGUGACCAUUAGCACCAGUAAAUCCCUCCCGAUGCAGAUCGACGGCGAACCCUGGAUGCAGACUCCCUGCACGAUCGAGAUCGUCCACAAGAACCAGGCCCCCAUGCUGAUCGGACCGCCGCAAUGCCGCAGCUUCUUCUCCGUCAUCAGACGAACGCGCACCGAGAGAUCGGUUCAAGACUGA